CGGGUGCCCGCGGGACGCGUGCGGAAGGCAAGGCAGGAAGUCGGUCCUCGGCGCGGAGCCGGAGCCUUCCUUAUUUAUGCGUCUGCCCGCGCUCGCCUCCUCCUCCGAAGGUUGAGGGAGACUCCCGGAGCUGCCAUCCCCGCGCGGGGGCCACGGAGCACCAUGGUCGUCCCCUGAACUGCGAACUCUUCCUUUUUUAACCCAAGGAAUAUCGGUGAUUUUUUUUUUCUUUUUCUUUUUUUUUGUGCAUUGCUCGGAGGAGCCCAGGGCUCGGAGAUGCACCAGAAUCCGUAUUUAUAAGAGGCCGGCGGUCGCAAUGCACAGCCCCUCUGCUCGCUGAGUUGUCUGCCCUAUGGAGAGCGGUCUUGGGAUUUGAGACUGCACCGCCGCCGCCGCCCUUCCAUGCCCGCGCCGCCUGGGACUGCUGGCCGUCCCCAGGCUGGUCGCCGACUGCUGGUCGGCGCGGUCCUGUGUGCCAUGGGCUGUAUCCAGAGCAUCGGCGGCAAAGCCAGAGUCUUCCGCGAAGGGAUCACCGUGAUCGACGUGAAGGCCUCCAUCGACCCCAUCCCCACCAGCAUCGACGAGUCGUCCAGCGUGGUCCUGCGCUACCGCACGCCCCACUUCCGGGCCUCGGCCCAGGUGGUCAUGCCGCCCAUCCCCAAGAGGGAGACCUGGGUCGUGGGCUGGAUUCAGGCGUGCAGCCACAUGGAGUUCUACAACCAGUACGGGGAGCAGGGCAUGUCCAGCUGGGAACUGCCCGACCUGCAGGAGGGCAAGAUCGAGGCCAUCAGCGACUCGGACGGGGUGAACUACCCCUGGUACGGCAACACCACGGAGACGUGCACCAUUGUGGGCCCCACCAAGAGAGACUCCAGGUUCAUUAUCAGCAUGAACGACAACUUCUACCCCAGCGUCACGUGGGCCGUGCCCGUGAGCGAGAGCAACGUGGCCAAGCUGACCAGCAUCUACCGGGACCAGAGCUUCACCACGUGGCUGGUGGCCACCAACACCUCCACCAACGACAUGAUCAUCCUGCAGACGCUACACUGGCGUAUGCAGCUCAACAUCGAGGUGAACCCCACCCGGCCCCUGGGCCAGCGCGCGCGGCUGCGGGAGCCCAUUGCCCAGGACCAGCCCAAGAUCCUGAGCAAGAAUGAGCCCAUCCCGCCCAGCGCCCUGGUCAAGCCGAACGCCAACGACGCUCAGGUCCUCAUGUGGCGGCCCAAGUACGGGCAGCCGCUGGUGGUCAUCCCGCCCAAGCACCGGUAGCGGCCGGGGCAGCUGCUCGCGUCGACUCACCGGUAAUAAUACUGCUCAGAACGAGCCCACGCACCCUGUGGUCAUUCAGCGAAGUACAACCUCUCUACCUUCAGUGGGCGGGCCCCACCGUGCCACUGGCCAGCGGCACGGGGCGGCCCUACGCUCGGCCCACGGGGUCUCCCCCGGCCCCCGGCCCUUCUUCCCUCUCCUUUUCUCAUGAUCUCCGUCGCCCACUUGCAACAGAGUCCCCGAAACACUGCUUGUCCAGUUUUCUUUCUUUUAGCUUCUCUUUGUGAGGUUCCGGGGGGUGCGGGGUGGGGGGAGGAGUCGCUGCCCCCGGGAUCAGAGGCUGCUCUGUGCUGUGGGUGGUUUGCCGGGAGUGGCGGGACCUCCCCUCGCCGCCCCGUGUCCUCUCUGACACGCGGCCUUAUGUAGAUUUGCUUUGCCAAACUUUUGCCUUAAGCUGAAUUUAAAGGGAAAAAAAAAAACACACACACACAGCGGAGAAAGCUAGCAGGAUCUCUCCUGCUGGUGGUUGGGGGCGGGGCUGGGGACGUGCCCCACCCUCCUCCGGGCUCUCUCUCGGGAGAGAUGCAGACAUCAAACCAGCGGCUCCUUCUGUGGUUUCCCAGACGGUCCGCCCCACCCCCACCCCGUGGGUUCCCUCCCCGGGUCCUGGUGGAGGAGGCGUGUUUGCU